GCAACGUGUAUGGUUUGAAUUAUGGGAAGCCAGCUCCUGUUUCUUAAAAGAACUGUAGGUUUUCUGUAAGUCUUAUAGCUGGGUAAUUGGAAACGUCACCAGCUACAGGAAGCAGCCCAGUGGAAAUUAUUUGCCGUUCGAACAGCCGUUACAUCUUUCAAUCUCACCAGAAAGGAAGUGUCGGCCUCUCGCAUCUUCCGAGCUUUUUCCUUCGUGGCUCCCGCGGAGGAUCCCCUGAAAAAUGCUCCCGCAUAACAUGACCUGGAUGAAGUACCCGAGCCUGAGCAAAGAUUCCUCCACCGACUUCGAAGAGAUUAUAUAUGCACAACAAGUCAUCUCAAGGUUCAUGCAUGCCUACAUCGGUUUCUUUGUGCCGCCGGGUUUGUUAGCCGGCAUGGUUAUCCUGGCCGUUUGCAUCCAGAAUUAUCGAAGUCAUGUCCUGGACAAAUUAGACGUCUUGUUUUUCUCCCAGACGGUCAGCAACCUCUUUGUCGUCCUCCUCUCGCUCACCCUUGCCGUGCGGCCGGCUUACCUCCAAAUGUCUUACCUCGGGUGUGGAUCGCUCUCGUUCUUCUUCAACCUGGGCUACUUCGCGUCUCAGUUCCUCCUCCUCUUAAUCAUUCUGAGCCUUUUCCUCAGCAGGCGCCCGGCCCACAACGCUCUGAUCAGCAAGGCGCACCAAAGCCCAGGGAUGUGUGUUGCUUUCAUCCUGAUGUGCAGCUUCUGUGCCGCCUUGAUGCUGAGCGCGCUGCUGGGCGUCGAGCAUUACCAGGAAGAAACGGACUGCCAGCUGGACCCUUUGUUUGCCUGGCCUGAAUACGAGAUCGUUAAAUUCGCCUUGGGGUUCUGCGCUCCGACGUUAGCCGAGCUCCUGCUCUCUAUUCUAGCAUUUGUGAAAAAGACGCCGGUGGGUCGAUACGCCUCCGGGAAAAACAGCCAGCCCCUUUGGGCUGUUUGGGCCAUGGCGGCGAGCAUGUUGGCAUGCCGUCUGUUUUACAACGUCCUGAUCCUAUCCAGGGCCACCUUGAAGAUCAAGGGAGUGGCGGGGACUGUUCAGAAUGAGCUGAUCAUGAAUAUCGCGGAGGUGGUUUUGUUCUGCGAAAGCUGCACAAGUUUGGCGCUUCUCCUCUUCCUGCAUCCCUCCUACAGGACGGCCCUGUUGAAUGCACUUAAACAUCUCACAAGGGGUUGUGGGAGGGGGAGACAGGACGCCAACAGGGCUGGUGGAAUUCAAGGCAACGAAACUGGGCUUUCCGAAAUGCGCUGACAAGAUGGCCAUGACAUCAAAAGCCGGCCGCUUGGCAAUUGGUUCAUGUUUGUGACAGCUGCCGUAUCUUGGGGUCAAAGGAUCCCCUUUUGCAACCUUGGGGCCAGCCAAGUCCCUGGGGGAAGCCAGAUUCACUUA